CGGGCCCGACUCAGUACGAAAAGCGCACAGGAAGCGAUCGGUACGGAACGGAACAACGGUACGAAACGACACGAAAAAAAAAAAUAAAAGCAAAAGAGACGCAAGCUCCGACGGUCAUGAGAACUCGCAUGUAGAAAAAUAAUUAUUUCAUUUAAUGGAAAACACAUUAAAAUAAUAAGGCAAACAAUCAUAUUAAUCCAACAAAACAAACCUAGGCAAAGGCCAGGCCAAAAAAUAAACGGGUUUCAAAACCUUUCUCCCCUCCCCUCUCCCGCUAUCUUUCCAACCAACAUACAUAUGUAUGUAUGUAUACUGAUCUUCAUUUUGCGCCAUCGACUUUUACGGUUUGUGCUUGUGGUUGAUUUUAUUGUUGUUGUUUUUUUAUUAGUGCCAAAGACAAGGUUAAAAAAGACUCCACUCAAAAAUAAAGAGAGAUAGAGCGAGCGAGAGCCACCCACGGUGCAUACAAAGAAAAGCUGCACAAGGUGCAGAAAUACGACAAACUACUCCAAAGCCGGCGAGACAUAGAGUGAGGAAGAAACAAACAUAGACAAACUUCAGAGAGAGAGAGAGGAUUCAUAGACAUACACUUCAAAGAGUAGAGAGCACAAAAGCGAGCGAGAGAUUGAGAGAGCGUGCUCAUGACAGCCACAACGGAAGCCGUGGCCGCGGCCGCCAUUGCCACCACUCCCGUCCAGGAGCAGACUGCGCUGCAUCCCACUCACCCCGCUAACAAGAUCAUGUCGUCUCUGCCCUCCACCCCCACAACCGCCACCACAGAGACGAGUCAAGCUUUGAGCGAGAUCUUCUUUGUGGAGAGCAGCCGCCGAAAGCACAGCAUUAAGAUUCAGGUGAAGCUCUGUCCGGAGGGCGUGUACCUGCGACGUGAGACCGAUCAGGAUGAUCACAUCAACGAGCAGCUCAUACGCAUCGAUGACAUCAUUGGUUCCCGGUAUGGUCCACGCCUGAAGAAGCGACCACGCGGCGGCCUCACUUCGUGCAAGAAUCCAAGCGGGGAUGCUACACAGGAGCAGGAACAACAGCCAGAUAGUGAUAACAGCGCCUACCUAUAUAUCUAUGCGUAUCUGAAGAAAGAGAAGCCCCUGCGCCGCGUGCAGACGCUACGCAUUCUGCGCUUUCGCUCGAGCAACGACUACGCGGAGAAUCUGCAGACGGCAGAGCUCUGGCAUCGCACCAUACGGGAUCACAAACAGCGUAACACCACAAUUAUCGACAUCUCAGGCUCCAUUUUGGGCUCUGGCUCGAGAAAACACCUGUUGAUCCUGCUCAAUCCGAAAUCGGGCUCGGGCAAGGGCAGAGAGCUCUUUCAGAAGCAGGUGGCGCCGCUGCUCACUGAAGCUGAGCUUCAGUAUGAUCUUCAAAUCACAACGCAUCCCCAUUAUGCCCAGGAGUUUGUGCGCACUCGCAAGGAUCUGCUGGAGCGUUACUCUGGCAUUGUGGUGGCCUCCGGCGAUGGGCUCUUCUAUGAGGUCCUCAACGGCUUGAUGGAGCGCAUGGAUUGGCGUCGCGCCUGCCACAAUCUGCCGCUAGGCAUCAUACCCUGUGGCAGCGGCAAUGGUCUAGCCAAGAGCGUGGCACAUCACUGCAAUGAACCGUACGAGCCGAAGCCUAUUCUUCAUGCCACGCUCACAUGCAUUGCCGGGCGGAGCACUGCCAUGGAUGUGGUUCGUGUCGAGUUAUCCUCCAAAGAUAAACACUACGUGAUGUACUCCUUCUUGUCCGUGGGUUGGGGCCUCAUUGCCGACAUUGACAUCGAAAGCGAACGACUACGCUCGAUUGGAGCCCAACGAUUCACACUGUGGGCCAUCAAGCGGCUCAUCUCGCUGCGGACAUACAAGGGCAAGGUCUACUAUCUGCCACACCCCAAAGAGGAGCAGGAGAAACCCAUCGCCGCUGCAGCUGCUUCUGUUGCUUCCCACCAAGAAAAGGAAAUGGAAAAGGAAGCCCCAGUGCAGCUGUCAGUGGAGGUGCCGGCUCCACCGAGCAGGCCCAUCUCGUUGCCCCUUAACCUCAACGGCGAUGUCGGAAGUGUCAAUGAUUUCAGCGAAUUCAGGGAUCUGCCCGAGGACUUCAACGAGGAAUCCGAAGCGGACCCGGACCAGUUUGUCGAUGCCCUGUCCUUGGAUCGUUCUAUCUUUCGCCAGCACGCAGACAGCUGGCACUCGGCAAUGUCCCGCCGCACCGCCUUCUAUUCGGUGGGGGGCCAGAGCAUCCGCUCGAGUCGCAGCCGGAUGAGCGUGCACCAGCGGAUUGAGGCGGCCAAUGCAGAGUUUGCGGAGCUACUGCCCUCGGGCACUAUACCGGGACUGCAGAUGCCAUUGCCUGCCGCCGAUGGAUGGUUCUGCGAGGACGGGGAUUUCGUGAUGGUACAUGCCGCCUACACGACGCACCUGUCAUCCGACUGCUACUUUGCGCCCGAAUCCCGACUGAACGAUGGCAUUAUCUAUCUAGUGAUCAUCCGCAGUGGCGUGGGCCGCCACCAGAUGCUUAACUUUCUGCUGAGCAUGAACACGGGCACCCAUCUGCCGCACGGCGACGAUGAUCCCUUCAUUCGCGUGGUGCCUGUCAGGGCGUUCCGCAUCGAGCCGUGCGGUAGCGAUGGCAUCCUGGUCGUCGAUGGCGAACGUGUCGAAUAUGGACCCAUACAGGCGGAGGUGCUGCCGGGACUGAUCAAUGUGAUGACCACCAAUGGACAGUGAGCGAUAUAUCGAUAAAAUUAUGGUAGCUAUGCGACAUUAGAUAUGUGUUGCAGAUCAUAAGAGAACAGUUACUACGCAUGAGCAUUUGUCGAUAAUUGUCUACGUUCGAAAGACAUUAUUCCAUCAUCCAAUUUAUACGAUAUAUUAACGUAAAUGUACGCAAAAAUGUUAGUUAUUCGAUAAAGCCCAUUCUUUUGUUAGCUAUAUAUUAGAUUUAUUAUUAAAAGCCAGUCGAUUUCACUAAUUAAUGAGAUAUCGAUAGGGCGAUACCUGUGCUUUCAUUCCAAAAAGAUCAUGACACUAAUCGAUGGUAAGCUUACUGAAAAUAUGAAUUAUGUGGAUGGAGGGAUACACAUGUGCAUAUGCAUGUAUGUACAUAUGUAGAUAGGUUAUUUGAUAAUCGAUUUUUAAUGGGAUCGUUACCAGAUCGUUCAAAGCUAUGAAGUGCACACUCUCUACAGUAGAUCUGCAGAAAGAUCCGUCAGAAAAGGAAAAAAAUACUUAAAUAACACUACUCGACACGAUUUUGCCGCU